AUGCCACCACAACACAAAAACAUACAACAACAGCAAUCAGAUGAAUCAUUUCAAAUUAAUGGCCAAGAAUAUUAUCUUGACAAUUCUAUUAUUGUAUAUCAUGGGUGUACACAUAAACCUUAUAUAGCCAAAAUCAGACAAAUACAACAACGACAUGAAAUAUGUAAGGUGAUUAAUGAUUAUGAAUCAAAUGAUGAACAAAUGUCUGUUAAAUUUGAAGAAAUUCAUCCAUUAACAAGAGAUAAUUUAACAUAUAUGAUGAUUAAUUCACAAAAAUUAGCACAAACAACAGCUAGUUGUCAGGAAGAAGAUGCAGAAGCAUUUGCUGGAUACAUUUGGAAAUGGUAUUUGUCCAAGCUCGUGGAACAAGAUACAACAGUAAUAUAUCAACCACAAAACGUAACCUUUAUUCAAGCUAAUCAGCAACACCAAUUAACACAUAUUCCAAAUACAUAUUUAACACAACCAUCAAAUGUACGACGACAACAUGUAUUUCAUAUACAACAUCAAGAAGAUUUUGAAUUACGAUACGUUAGAAAAAUACCCAAGGGGGAAAUAGCGGACUCCUGGAUUGAACAUACAUCAACAGAAAUGUUAAUAACAUCCUUAGAAUUUGUUUAUCCAUCACAAUUAGACGGGUUGGUUUGGCCACAAGCUACUGAAGCAUGGACAGAUUAUGAAAUUAAACCGCAACGUUUCACAAAUAAUAAUCACAUAACAUUCUUAAAAGGUAGUGGCAACUCGAUAUCAAAACAUAAUGAUCACACAACAACAAUAUUCAUUAAAGCGAUUAUUAAUCCUAAUACAAACAAAAAUUUAAAUGAUGACGAAAUCAUAACUGAAAAGUCAAAAACAAUUAAACAAACUUUAAAUAAUGAUGAACAACAGCCAACAUCAAUUCAAAAUAUGAUGAUCACACAACAAAUUCAAUUACAGCAAGAAAAACAUCAACUGGAAUUAGUAAACCAUCAGCUGACAAUAACAAUAAAUAAAUAUUGGUCAACACUAAUAUCUUCAUUAUAA